AGGCCAAAAACAAACAGGAGUACAGUAGCUGGAAUAAAAGGGGAACAGGGUUGAACUAAGAGGAACAAAAGAACAUGGAAUAUUAAAAGGGGAACUCUACCAAGGCGGGGCAAAAGGAAAUCAAGAACAAGCCACAACAGACAAGUUGGCCAGGCCAUGGCUUGCUGGAAGAAAAUACGAAGCAGCAGCUGGAUUUAUCCUACCCUGGUCCUCUGCAUUUAUGGGUUUUUCUCCCUGAUGAGGCCAUCAGAACCUUUCCUCACCCCUUAUCUAACAGGACCAGAUAAAAACCUGACCAUUGAUGAGGUUACAAACCAGAUUUUACCAGUUUGGACAUACUCCUAUCUGGCGUUGCUGUUUCCUGUUUUCUUGAUUACGGACUAUAUGCGCUAUAAACCCAUCAUUAUUCUACAAGGCCUUAGCUUCAUUAUUACAUGGCUGAUGCUUUUGUUUGUCCAAGGAGUGCUAGCCAUGCAGCUGAUGGAGGUUUUUUUUGGGAUGGUAACAGCCACUGAAGUUGCCUAUUACGCCUACAUUUACAGCGUUGUCAGUGUUGACCAUUAUCAGAAAGUGACUAGUUAUUGCAGAAGCAUCACACUUGCUGCAACCACAGUUGCGGCAGUGCUUGGGCAACUUUUAGUGUCUUUGGCAGAGCUAUCCUAUUUUUAUCUAAACGUCAUUAGUUUGGCUUCUCUGUCCUUGGCCCUCCUAGCCUCAUUUUUUCUACCAAUGCCAAAACAUAGUAUGUUUUUUCACAAAAAUCGUAUCCCUGAAACUCCCCAAGGAGCAACGGAUCAAGACACAAAGUCAAAAGCAACCAGCAUUAAUGAGCAGCCAAGUUGCCAAGAGGACAAAGACACUGCGAAAUCAUCCGUCCUUUCCAGGACCUUGCCUGAAUGUCAGUCUGACAAGCAUCAGUGUCACAUGCUUGUGCAGUUAUGCAAGGAUGUAAAGGAAUGCUAUUCCACAAAGAAGCUUCUUUACUGGUCCCUCUGGUGGGCUUUAGCCACUGCGGGCUAUAACCAGAUUGUGAAUUACGUCCAGGUGUUAUGGGACUACAGAGCACCCGCUAAGAAUAACAAUGUUUAUAAUGGGGCUGUUGAGGCAGCAGCAACAUUUCUGAGUUCAGUAACCUCCCUGGCAGUAGGAUACGUGAAAAUUAACUGGGAUCUUUCAGGAGAGCUAGCACUGGGAAUCUUCUCUGCACUGGAUGCUGGUUCUCUAUUUCUCAUGCAUUUUACUACCAACAUCUGGGUAUGCUAUGCUAGCUAUCUAGUUUUCAAGUCAUGUUACAUGCUCCUCAUAACAAUAGCAACGUUUCAGAUUGCUGUCAAUCUAAGCAUGGAACGCUACGCUUUAAUGUUUGGAUUCAACAACUUUGUCGCACUGGUGAUUCAGACUAUUAUAACUGUAGUCGUAGUUGAUUCAAGAGGUCUGGGAUUGAAGAUAGUCACCCAGUUCCUCAUUUAUGGCAGUUACUUUGCAGUCAUAGCUGGGAUUUUCCUGAUCAGAAGCAUUUACACAAUUGUCUCAAUCAAAUGCAAAAGGGAAACACGGAACUUCUGCAAUGGACCUCAGAACAUUAUGGAACAAGGAUCAGAAACCAGAUUAUAACUAGCUAUGCAAAGAUCUGUGGCUUUAAUGACCUCUCAAAAAUGCCCCUGCUUGCAAAACUCUUACUGAAGUCAAUGAGAGAUUGCAGUAAGGGGAGCAGCACUUCGUCCUUCAUGUAUGCCCCUGCUAAAUCACAACAAACUUACUCCAAUCAAAAGAAUUGGCUGAUAUAAUUGAACACCAGAUCUUCAGCUGGUGUAAAUCAAUAUUGUGCCACUGAUCUGCACUGACCUACCCGAACGUUAUACCCUUCUGAGGGACUGGCCCAUCAUCCUGAUAUUUUGCCAAAAAAAAAAGGAAGAAUCUGGUUUGAUUGGAUUCUGAUUUAUUUACACAACAGCAUAACAAUCUCAAUCUAUGUGUUAUGCAAAAAUACCACGGUUCUUUUUCCCUCCUUCACUCAGGCUUUUGAAAAAAUUGUAAAUGGGCUGCUUUCCAUUCCAAAAGGCUAUUCCAUUUGGCAAUUCAGCUUUGCUGCUCCAAGUGGGAUGAGGGUUUUGCUCAUACCUUCAUUCAGGGUAGAUCCUUGUAGCCUCCUACCUAUGUAUAUCCCUGUAGGAGUGGGGUUUUAUAUUUGUAUUUCAGGUUUAAUAAUGUAGUAAUGUAUUUCAUCCUGCCAGCCACCCAUUUUGAAUAGCAGAAAGGAACGACUCUCUGGAGGAUUGGUAGAAAUGCAUCUGACUGACUGCCAGUGACUGUCAGUGUCUGUACUGAUGUUAAGGCAGGGACAGACCAGAACAAUCCUCAUGACAGAUUAUGGUCACCCUUUUGUUUUAGGAUAAGUUAUAACAUCUACUAUGGUUUCCUACAUGUAUUAUAAAUUAGGCACUAUAGUUAAAUAUACAUUUCUUUGUUUUAAGGUUUAGUAAGUAAGAGACAGGAUCUUGUAUUGUGUCUAUGUUAAUGAGAAUAGAGGAAUGUUGAAGGUCUGGGCCACAAUGUGAACUGUUUUGAUUACAAGAUUUAGUAAGGUUUAAUUUACAAUGCCUUUCUUGCUCAACAUAAAGACUGCUGUAUACCUUUGAAGGUCUCUGUAAAAGACUGUUUGUGUGAAUGAGGAAUGCAUGCAUCAGGAAAAGAUAAGGUGUGAAGGCCAUUGUUAAAGUCAGAUGGUCAAGAGAGGAAGAGUGAAGAAACUUAAGGACAUUAGACAGAACCAUCAACACACAUCCAUAAUGAAGGAAGGGCAGAUGACAACCCUGAGGUAGAGGCUGACACCCCUAAAGACAAGACAACUGAUUAAAUUGAAACCAGGACAGGAUGACCCUCUUGGAGGUGUUUUGGAAUGCUAACAUCAAAAGAUAACACCAAUUAAAACCGGUUAAAAACUGACACAGCAAAAUCCAUGGAUUUCGACAGAGAAAAACAGGGUGCUUGGCCAUGGGACUUUGGGUUCAUCUUGCCACAACUCCAGAAGCAUCGGAUCGCAACUGACAGAGCCCAGCUCCCCUCUGCGACCAAUCUGGCUGACUACUAGAUUGAUCCAGACUCUGGACUGGUAACUAUAAUCAUCAACUGGCUGGAGGGAGGGAGAGAGAGAGGGAGAGAGAGAAAAGUAUAUGCUAACUGCUGUAAUCUCAAUAAAUGCGGUGUAUUGCCUUCUUCCCUGAAAAAGAUCCCAUGUGCUUCUUAUAAGCGUAACACCCCAUCCUAUGCCUGUAGAAGAAUUACUGCUUCUACACCCCUAUAACAUUCCUUCUUAGUUUUGUAUCUGUAAUGCUGUUUCCUCCCCUCUACCUUUAAGAUCACUCUUGAAAAUUGGGCCUUUCACUCAUGAUGGUUGUAGAAGCCAGGUUCCCUAGAACAACUGUGGAGGUUAAUUGUAAAAACAGUCAAGUCGUCGUGACUUGCAUUUGAAAGAAGUUGCCUGAACUUCAUGGUGAAUCCAUGGCAAACUUGGACUGGAAGAAGAGGAAGAAAAUUUAAGAAUCAAGGCAAAAGAUAAACAGAGAACCCCACUCAUUUGCUUGCGCCUAGAUGCAUAGAGUUAAUUUAAAUUAAGGGCGUGUCUUUCACCAUAUCUCUAAAUUCAAAGAGAUUGUCCAGUAAUCAGUAUGAUCAGGAUAGGUGAAGUGUGGGGAAAUUUGGUUGGUGCAAUACAGGAAAAUUCCGAACUAAAUGGGUGAGUCAGGAAGAUGCAUCAAAUAAAAAUAAACACUGCAGGUAUGUUCUUUAAGUACCAGAUCACAAGGUCCACUGAUCUCAGAUGAGGAUUUUCCUGAGUAAGGACCUCAGAAUUUAUAAAAGGCUUGAAGCCUUACAAUUCAGUCAAGUACUGAGAGAAAUUCAUCCUGAAUGACAAGAGAGAGAUUCAGAAAGCACAGAUCCACUUGGAGGAUGGCCAGCCUCACGUAAAUUAUAUCAAUUUUUUUUCUGUAACAAAGUUUUGUUGCAGUUUCCAACCAUUUCUCAAAGCCAGACUGUAAUAAAAGAAAAUUAUAAAUACUUCAAAUUCACAGAGUAGUGCUUCACUCAAAGCAACUUAUCUAGUUCUCCCAAUGGCCAUGUGAAGCACAUGGGGUAAGUAUCCUCUUUCUCCCCAAACGUUGGAAUAGACAAAGAUGAAGGAAAAAUGUGGACAAAUUGGAAAACAUCCAGAGAAGAGCAACAAAAAUAAGUAAUGGUCUAGAAAACAUGACCUGCAAGGAAAGAUUGAAAAUACUGGGUUUGUUUAGACUGCAGAAGAAAAGACUGAGGUGGGAUGUGAUAACAGUUUUCAAGUAUGUAAAAGGUUGUUACAAAGAGAAGGGUGAAAAAUUGUUCUUGUUAAUCACUGAGGAUAGGACAAGAAGCAAUGGGCUUAAACUGCAGCAAGAGAGAUUUACAUUGAACAUUAGGAAAAACUUCCGUCGGGGUGGUUAAACACGGGAACACGUUGCCUAGGGAUGCUGUGGAAUCUCUGUCAUUGGAGGUUAAGAACUUGUUAGACAAACACUUAUCAGGGAAGGUCUAGUCAUUACAUAGUCUUGCCUUGGGUUCAAGGGACGAUGACUUAUUGAGGUCACUUCCAGUCCUACACUUCCGUGAUUCUAUGAAGCCAUUUGUUCAAGGGAGGAAGAGUCAAGAUUAAUCACAACCUCCUGACUCCCAAUUAUGUGCCCAUUUCCCUAGGCUACACAGUUUACUAUUUAAUGUCUUUUAUUGUCUGUAUGUUUCUCUGCUGUAAAUUCUCUGUUCAUAAACAUGUCUUUAUAAGAAUAUUGAAAAUGACCGCUACAUUGGAUUAUUUUGGAAUAGUGCUCUCUAUCUGAUCCAUAGUCAUGCCUCAUUAUUGAGAAAUGAAAAAAGUGCUCAGUGCAUGGGACUCUCCCUUAUUCCUACUCUAAGAAACUGGAACUGAACAAUUCAGACCACAAAUUGCCAACUCAUGAUUUUUUCCUGAGUCAUGG